AGUAGCCCUCGCUGUGAAAGGGCGCUCUCAUAUUAGUGUGGAGGAACCAGUUUGAGCCAGUGACAUUAAAAGUGACUCCCUCCACAGUAACACUAGUCUCCUUUUUUAAGUGGAUACAUUAUCAGGGUAACUUUAAAGGCGCGUAAUGGCUGAGAGGAUGGACAUGGAGGAGGUGAAGGUAUCCAACGGCGAGCCGCUGGCGAACGGACUGGCCAGCCCGAAGAGAGGCAACCCUGAGCAGCUCUCCCAGCGGGUGAAGAGGAUAGUGAUGGCUAACCUGCUGGUGAUUCUCACCGUGGCCGGGGUCAUCAUCGGGGUUUUUAUCGGACUUGGCGUGCGCAACGCCACGCUGACCAGGACCCAGGUCAUCUACAUCGGCUUCCCCGGUGAGCUGCUCAUCCGGCUGCUGAAGAUGAUCAUUAUCCCCCUGGUUGUGUGCAGUCUGGUGUCCGGGGCGGCCAGCAUUGACCCUAAAGCCCUGGGCAAGCUCGGCGGCUGGGCCAUGCUGUUCUUUCUGGUCACCACGUUAAUCGCGUCCUCUAUCGGGGUGGUGAUGGCAUUUAUCUUAACACCGGGGUCGGUGUCGAUCACCAAACCCAAAGUACAAGGCAUCGAUGACGAAGUGCCCGCCGCCAAAGAAGUGAUAGACUCCUUCUUAGAUCUGAUCAGAAACAUCUUUCCCUCCAACCUGGUGUCUGCUGCCUUUCAGUCCUAUGCAACCAGCUACAAGCUGGUCACCAGGAACGGGACAGAUGGAAACCCUAAUAUCACAGUGGAGAAGGUGCCCUUUGGAAUAGACCAGGACGGCAUGAAUAUUCUUGGUCUGGUAGUAUUCGCCAUUGUGUUUGGUGUGGCUUUGAGGAAGCUGGGAGAGGAAGGGGAGAUCCUCAUCAAGUUCUUCAACUCCUUCAACGAGGCCACCAUGGUGCUGGUCUCCUGGAUCAUGUGGUAUGCCCCUCUUGGUAUCAUGUUCCUUGUAGCUGGCAAGAUCGUUGAGAUGGAGGAUGUUGGCACGCUGUUUGCCAGUCUGGGAAAAUAUAUAGCCUGCUGUAUCAUUGGACAUGCCAUCCAUGGCCUUCUUGUGCUGCCUGCCAUCUACUUCAUCAUUACAAGGAAAAACCCAUACACCUUCCUCUGGGGGAUAUUCACAGCCCUGGCAACAGCCUUCGGAACAAGCUCCAGCUCUGCCACUCUGCCCCUGAUGAUGAAGUGUGUGGAGGAAAACAAUGGUGUAUCCAAGCACAUCAGUCGCUUCAUCCUACCCAUCGGAGCGACGGUCAACAUGGAUGGAGCUGCUCUCUUCCAGUGUGUGGCUGCUGUUUUCAUCGCUCAGCUGAACAACACUUCCCUUAACUUCAUCCAAGUCAUUACCAUCCUUGUGACAGCUACAGCAUCCAGUGUUGGAGCAGCAGGUAUACCUGCUGGUGGUGUGCUGACCCUAGCCAUUAUCCUAGAGGCAGUAGGACUGCCUACCAAUGACAUCUCUCUCAUCCUGGCUGUUGACUGGCUUGUUGACCGUACCUGCACAGUGCUGAACGUAGAGGGCGACGCCUUUGGAGCCGGACUCUUGCAGUUCUUCGUGGACCGCACGUCCAAACAAGAGGAGGUAGCAGAGCUGAGCGAUAUCAGGCUGGAGGGAGACUCAACAUCCCCUCCCCCCGAGUACUCGCCACUCAUUGAGAAGCGAGGUAGGAAGGACGAUGCAGAAGGCGCUAUGGCUGUUCUAUCAGAGUCUGUCAUGUAAUCCAGCUGCUGACAUCAACAGUGACCCUCUCACUUAUUUGACACUCCUGCAAACUGAAACCUGAGGUUCAGCCCCCUUUUCCUUUUCUCUUCUGUCCUGAAGAAAGUGGUACAUGGAGAAAGGAUGACGCACAUGCACACUAAUAUACAAUGCAAAGAAAAGUGCUCUGUCCUCAACACUUUCCUGGAAAAAAAUUGAGGGGGAAAUUCAAAAUCCAUAUUAUGCACAGUGACUUUUGUUUCCUUUUUUGACGUACAGUAUUGACUUGAGACUAAUGCUGGCUGCAUUUGGUUGGUCCUCAUCACUUUUUAAAGUCAAUUUAUCAUGUGAUCAAUAUAUACAUCCACUGGGACAUCGGUAGGCUGGACCAGUGUACGUAGGGUAUGAGUAAUGUCAGAUCUAAUUUUAAAUAUAGAAGAAAUGUUACAUUUAUUUAUGAUGGAGAAAUGGAAGUUGGCUGUAUUUCUGUAUCGGCCCAGUUUUACCAAUUUGUGCACUCAAAGGUUUCACAGAACCUGCAUAAGUAAACACGAGUAUGAAAACUUGCGACUUAUUAAGUUGACGAGGACCACCAUAAAGUUUGCUGCACCCAGUCUCCAUGAGCAAGAAAACGUUAUUUUGUAUUUAUAUUCUCCAUUUGGAAUCCGUUACCUUCAAAAUGUUUUUAUUACUGUCACCUUCUUUUUUGUUUUUGUCUUUUGCAUUCAACUUUGUCAUAUGAUGAUAUAUGUUGGAAAAUGUAUCAUUAUAUGCUUUGAAUAUAUACAUACAUUUGUGUAUUUUGUUAUAUAUGAUUAUGGCCACUUUCAUGCAGAUUUUAUAUCAUGUAUUUAAAUAUAGAUCUUGUAUAUGAUUUGACAUGUGUUAACUAUGUUCUGUAUGUUCUGCCUGAAAACGCCUGUGAUAUGACAAAACACACAAACAAUAUGCAUUUAUUCUUUUUAUGGUGUUUUUUUUUUUUUUAGGGGUUGUUGAUUCUCUUACGUACAAUGCCUUUCUCUUGGGGAGAAAAAGCUAUAUUUAUGUUUCGAAGCACACCAAAUGAAAAUUAUAUCCUCAACAACGUCCCAAAGUUGAAUGAACUAACCUUUUUUUCUCAAGGACUCAAAAUGUGUCAACAUGCAUGGACACAGCUUGACCUGCAAUCUCCAGAUGGACCUCAGUUCUGUGGCAGGCAAUGUAACCUCAGGUCUAACUAUAGCUUGAAGACUGUCCUUCAACUGCUCCUUAAUAUUCUGAGACCAAAAAUCACACUGAUCCAGCAAACAGGAAGCAGACUGUUUGAACUCCUGACACUCCUUUCCAAGGAGAGAUGCUGCUCUGUAGGUCCUAAGAUCUCAGCAAGGUACAAAUCGGUUUUAUGGCACAGUAUGUGACAAGAAGCCCAGUCUGUUCGAUGUUGAGAGUGUGGUGUGAGUACAUCUGCUAUCUAAGUAAAAGGUCUUUUCACUACAAGGAUGUCUCUACAUGGUCCGAAUAGCAGCAGUGGAAUGCUGGUUUGUUUUGGCUGUUACAGCUUGAACACCUAAAGGACUUGAAAAUAAGCAUAUCUCAACUAAAACCUAUUUAGUGUUUGGCUGGGCCAUAAAAAUAAAAUACUAGUUUAUAUGGGCUUGUAUGUCGUCGUUGAUGCCUCAGAUAAUUAUUUGUGAUCAUACAUAUUUAUUUCCCUAAUCAAAAUCCAAAGAAACUUUUAGCCAAUGUUUUUGUUAGUAACUCUUGCCAGUGUCUUCUUGUAAUAACUGAUUGGUGAUUUUGUUCCUUUUAAUUAUGUUCAGUUUUGGUCUUAUUUGGGGUGAGAUUUGGUGAUUUUUUUCUUUUGCAGUUUGGCAGCGGGCCUUUGGGGAAACCUCAAGAUACCCCAAGAGUUAUACAGUCUAUUUUAAAAUCAAACAGACUUUAUGCAAGAGAUGCUGUAUCUGUAUGUAUGAUCAACAGUAUAGGGGCACUAUUGAAUGUUUAUCUCUUCCAUCCAUAUCAUUUUUAAUCGUUGAAAGCUCUACCAAAUGUCUGGGGAAUAGGCUACUCCAUUUUAAAAUAGGAAAUGUGUGAGCAUUUAUGAUCUUUUCAGUUGGUACGAGUCGGUAUUCCAGGCAUCCCAAACUGCCGGCCCGGGGCCAUUUCAGGCCCUCCAUUCAUGAUGUCAAAAAUAUAACAAAAUCCAGCCAUAGUUGUUUUUUUUUUUGUUUGUUUUUUAGUUUCAUAUCAAUUUAUACAAUUCAAAUAAAAACACAGUUCUAGUUUAAAAAAAUGUAUUUUGUCUGGUGCAGAAAUAACAGCAGAGGUCAAAGGGUUGGUGAGAAGAGGGCAGGUUUUGGGCCGUCAUUUGUUGUUUGGCUGCAAACGGUAGAGAUUGUACGAAAUGAUAUACGAAUGUAUAGAAACUUCUGUAUUCAUUUUAUAAGUCUGAUGUUUAGUAAUGGAAAUAUUUUUAGAGUAUUGUGCUUUCUUGUAGUACUUGAACAUUGAAGUGGCUCUCCUAUGAGAUGACAACACCAGCAGUGGCCCCAGGCCAGUUUGAGCCCCCAACUGUUUUCUUUCUCAGCUUUAUUUUGUACUAGUUUUUGCAGUCUUCUCCUAAUUUCUGCAGUCUUAUGUCGUGAGAGAAUGCUAAAAAUGUUGCUUCAAACACAGCUCUUGUGCGUCGGUUUCUACUUCAUGCCUUUUUGGUGCAAAGUUGUAAAGAUGUUAAGACGUUAACAUUCCUUUCUGAGAUCUUUCACCAUGUGGAUGUCUGUCUGGUUCGAUCAUAGUACUUGUCUUAUGGUUAUGCACAUGAUAGUUUUUUCCUGGUUUCCAGUCAAAUAUACUGUCAGUAGGUUUAAACAAUAAAGGCCUUUUUUAUUA